UUUAUACUAACAGAAUAGCCAGUCUACAUGAAACCGGAAGUGAAGAACGAAAUGAGAAAACAUUCAAAAUAAAAAGAAAUAAUGCCACCCAGAUAACAUUUUAUUGUUCUACCGUGUCAGUUUGUUGUGUAAAAGCAUAUUGAUCACAAUUUACGCAUGGCUGAAGAUAAUGACAAGUACUCCAGACGGAGUUUUGUGUCCAGUUUGCCGUCAGACUACAGCGAUGUACAGCCACGGAAUUACGAUCCAGAAUUUAUAUCAGCCAUCAGUAAUCAGAUGCAGGUGCCGGACUCAAUCCCUGUUCUAAAUGGUGGAGACACUGAGUUUGACAUGCGCCGAGGAUUGGACUGGCCAGAAGAGUCACAAGGGCAGCGCAGACACAACAUGAAUGUCCCCGAAAGAAUAAUGUUAGCAGGGGGAGGUCAUCACAUUGGUUCACGACAAGACUUUCACCUGAACUUUGAUGGACUUCCCAGGGGAGACUACUACGAAUCUGUCGGACUUCAGACCCCGCCAAGGACCCUAACUCUGGAUGAGAGGUUUCCCUCUCUUGCUUCGGAGGAUAAUGAUGAGACAAAUAAUGCAGAGACUAGAAUACCAAAUGGCAGAACUGUGGCUGUGAGAGAUCCUGUGACACCGACAUCAGAGAUAAUGAUGUCAGAGGAGAGUUCACUGCAGUUACGCUCACAGUUGCAUCAGUUAAACAGAAGACUGACAAUGCUUGAAAAAAAUCAAGACAUCAUGGUGAACAGAGAAAGGCUAGUUUUUGGAGCGACAUUCGGAUAUUUUAUUCUCAAAUUCAUGUUUUGGUUUUUCCGCAGUAAAUGACGGUUUCAGGGGAAUGGACCAAUGAAAUUGCUUCUAAAUAUUCACUCCUUUUCGCUGAUUUAUAUUUUGCUGGUGAUUUUUUACAGAAAGAAAUUACUUUCUGGUAAGAUGAAAUUGCCACUGGCCUUGCAUUAUUUGAAAAAUGCCUGGGACCAUUUGUUUGCUUGAAAAAAGGAACUUAAAAUGUAUCUGUUUAUAUAAUGAUAAAUGUGUG